UACUCUGGAACUCUGGAAUUGGAUCGUUAGUCCCCGCGGUGCUGCAGUGUCGUCAGUCGUCAGGUGCCAGGUGCAAGCCGCAGGUGCCUUGACUUCACGGGACAUGCAGGCCCUGCCGGGUCUCCACCCCUAUAUAUACCUCAGAGAUCCGUCCGCCUCCCCUAGUAAGACUCAAUACAUCAAACGUCUAAUAUCUAAAGAUCAUCACACUUUCUAAUAGCGCCAUCUAACAACCAACAUGUCUCCUCUGCCUGAAAUUCUUUUCGACGUCGCUCGUAACCCAAUCUUGGCCGUCGGCCUUCCGAUUGGUUUGGGUGUUGCCAGCGGUUUUGUUACCGGACAGAGCUCUAGGAGCAAUUGGUUUACUACCAUGACACCUCCUCCCGGUAACCCCCCCAAGGAAGUCUUCGGUCCAGUGUGGACUGUCCUUUACGGACUCAUGGGCUACGCUUCGCACCUUACUGUCAAGGCCUUUGACAACGCUGUGACUCCCUCUGGGACUGCCCAGGCGGACCAGGCCCUUCAGUUGUAUUACGCUCAGCUGGGUCUCAACCUCAUCUGGUCACCCAUCUUCUUCGGUUUCAAGCAGAAGGAAAUCGCUCUUGGAAACCUUCUCGCCCUCACCGGGACUGUGGCCGCAAUGACUGUUAAGAUGCACGAUCUCUACACACCAUUCAGCACCACCUGGUUCUUGGCUCCUUACUGUGCUUGGCUCGGUUACGCCACCUACCUCAACGCUGGCUACAUCUUCUUCAACCGUGACAGCAGGCAUUAAACUCCCAGCUUCUUGUGGAAUCCAUUUAAUUCUUCAUGAACCGCACCAGGCGUCUGAGAGUGUAGCAAUCUUGUACUGUGUAUGGGGUGUGUAUUCAUUACAUAGUAGUAAGGCGUGGAAAUAAGAUAAGAAGAAAUGCAACAGUUCCUUCACUGGGUC